CCUUGGUUUCACGUCGGGCCAAUUUUAAUGCAACACAGCCGAUACUCGUCGUCAUUCAUCCUGGGUUAUCGAAAACAGAGGCGAGGGUGUACAGCACUGUGUGUUAGGAAGUCCUCGCCAUGGAGCUGGCUCACAGUCUGCUGCUCAAUGAAGAUGCCUUGGCUCAGAUCACUGAAGCAAAGAGGCCUGUCUUCAUCUUCGAAUGGCUCAGAUUCCUGGAUAAAGUGCUUGUGGCAGCAAAUAAGGUGGAUGUGAAGGAGAAGCAGAAGAAGCUGGUGGAGCAGCUGACAGGACUGAUAAGCAGUGCCCCUGGACCACCAACAAGAAAACUGCUGGCCAAAAACCUUGCAACCCUCUACAGCAUUGGUGACACCUUCACAGUUUUCCAGACUCUGGAUAAAUGCAACGAGAUAAUCAAAAGCAAGGAUGACACUCCUGCAUACCUGCCAACAAAACUUGCUGCAGUGGCAUGUGUUGGAGCAUUUUAUGAGAAGAUGGGCAGGAUGCUGGGCAGUUCCUUUCCAGACACCAUUAAUAAUCUUUUAAAGGCAUUAAAGAGUGCAGAGUCUCAGGGCAGAGGAGAGAUCCUUCUCAGCCUGCAGAAGGUGCUCUGUGGCCUGGGUGGAGCUGCAGCCUCAUGUCACAGAGAUAUCUACAAGAAUGCCCGCUCACUGCUCACAGACAGGUCCAUGGCUGUACGCUGUGCAGUAGCAAAGUGCCUGUUGGAGCUGCAGAAUGAGGCCGUAUUCAUGUGGACAACAGAACUGGAGAAUGUUGCCACUUUGUGUUUCAAAGCCUUGGAAGGAUCUAACUAUGGUGUUCGGGUCGCGGUGGCCAAAUUGCUGGGGACAGUCAUGGCCACUGCCCUUAUGCCCAAACAAGCAGCUGUGAUGCGUCAGAACGUGAAGCGGGCCUCACUGGAGGAGGUGCUGGAGCUGAUGGCCACAGGCUUUCUGCGUGGUGGAUCCGGUUUCCUGAAGAGCGGAGGGGAGAUGUUGAAGGGGGGAGGCUCUGUCAGCAGGGAGGUGCGGGUGGGCGUCACACAGGCCUAUGUUGUGUUUGUGACUACACUGGGUGGUCAGUGGCUGGAGCGCAACUUUGCCACAUUCCUGUCCCAUGUUUUGGACCUAGUGUCUCACCCACGGGCCACUCAGACACACGUUGAGGCUGUGUACUCACGCCGCUGUGUUUCCUUCAUGCUACGCGCCACCCUGGGGGGCUUACUUGGAGAGAAAGCACAAAUUGCAGCCGGCAAAGAAAUCUGCCAAGCCAUCAGCAAGCAGAUGAGGGCUGUGGAGGCAGUUGUGAAUGACAUGAGUGGAGAGAACAAGGCCGGGGCAGCGGAUGUCUCUGCUAGUCAGCAUGUCAUGGUAUGUGCCCUGAAAGAGCUGGGCAGUCUGGUGCAGAGUUUAAGUGCCACAUCUUCACCACUCAUCCAGGAGCCUUCUAUAGGACUCCUUGAAACGGUGACCUCAGUGCUGCUGCACCCAAGCAUGGCUGCUCGUUUGGCCGCUGCGUGGUGCCUGCGCUGCGUUGCUGUGGCGCUGCCCUAUCAGUUGACCCCACUGCUGGACCGCUGUGCGGAGAGAAUCAACAACCUGAAGAGUUCACCUGAGGCUGUGAGCGGCUACAGCUUUGCGAUGGCUGCUCUGCUGGGAGGCGUACACCAGUGUCCUCUGGGCAUCCCUCACUCCAAGGGCAAGUUGGUGGUGAGUAUAGCUGAAGACCUCCUGAGGACGGCUGCUCAGAAUAGUCGGCUGUCCCUGCAGCGCACACAGGCUGGAUGGCUGUUGCUGGGUGCCCUCAUGACUCUGGGUCCCUCCCUCGUGCGCUAUCACCUUCCCAAGAUGCUGCUGCUGUGGAGGAACGUGUUUCCUCGCUCGCAGAAGGAGCUGGAGGCAGAAAAGGCCAGAGGAGACUCCUUCACCUGGCAGGUCACACUAGAGGGCCGAGCUGGAGCACUGUGUGCCAUGCGUAGCUUUGUGGCUCACUGUCCCGAGCUGCUUACAGAAGAUGUGAUCCGUAGACUGAUGACUCCCAUUGAAUGUGCCAUGACCAUGAUGUCUCAUGUCCCUGCCAUCAUUAAGGUCCAUGGUGCUCACCUGAAAGCUAGUGCAGCCAUGGUGAGGCUCCGAUUGUAUGACAUCUUGGCUCUAUUGCCUCCCAAGACUUAUGAAGGCAGCUUCAACGCCCUCCUGAGGGAGCUGGUGGCAGAGUUCACUUUGACCGACAACUCGGCCAACACCACCACCUCCUUGCUGCGCUCUCUCUGUCACUAUGACGACAGUGUGCUCAUGGGUUCCUGGCUACAGGAAACCGACCACAAGUGCAUAGAAGAUCAGCUGCAGCCCAACAGUGCGUCUGGCAGCGGCGCUCUGGAACACGACCCCUCGUCAAUCUACCUGCGUAUUCCUGUAGGCGAGGCCAUCCCCGGGCCUCUCCCUUUGGGUGUGUCUGUCAUCGACGCUUCAGUGGCUUUGUUCGGUGUGGUUUUCCCUCAUGUCUCCUUCAAACACAGGCUGCAGAUGCUGGACCACUUUGCAGAGUGCAUAAAGCAGGCUAAAGGAGUUAGACAGCAGGCAGUCCAGCUGAACAUCUUCACUGCAGUGCUUAGUGCCCUCAAGGGUUUGGCUGAGAACAAGAGUACUCUGGGUCCUGAGGAGGUGCGUAAGUCGGCUCUGGCCCUGGUGAUGGGAGCGUUGGACAAUCCCAACCCCAUCCUGCGCUGUGCUGCUGGAGAGGCCCUGGGCAGGAUGGCUCAGGUGGUGGGAGAGGCUACCUUCAUUGCCAGAAUGGCACAGACCAGCUUUGAUAAGCUGAAGUCUGCCCGUGAUGUAGUAUCAAGGACGGGCCAUUCACUGGCUCUCGGCUGUCUGCAUCGAUAUGUUGGAGGAAUUGGCUCAGGCCAGCACUUAAAGACCAGUGUCAGCAUCCUGCUGGCUCUGGCCCAGGAUGGGUCCUCCCAUGAGGUCCAGACAUGGGCUCUGCACUCUCUGGCUCUGAUUGUGGAUUCUAGUGGUCCCAUGUACAGAGGCUACGUGGAGCCCACACUGUCCCUGGUGCUCACCCUGCUCCUCACUGUGCCUCCGUCUCACACAGAGGUGCACCAGUGUUUGGGCCGCUGCCUGGGAGCUCUCAUCACCACUGUGGGACCAGAAUUACAGGGAAAUGGAGCCACUAUCUCCACCAUCCGCUCAUCUUGCCUGGUUGGUUGUGCCAUAAUGCAGGACCACUCUGAUUCCCUCGUGCAGGCAGCUGCUAUCUCAUGUUUGCAGCAGCUGCACAUGUUCGCUCCACGUCAUGUCAACCUAUCCAGCCUGGUGCCCUGUCUCUGUGUGCAUUUAUGCAGCUCUCACCUGUUGCUGCGUCGUGCCGCCGUUGCCUGCCUGAGACAGCUCGCUCAAAGAGAGGCUGCAGAAGUCUGUGAGUAUGCCAUGAGCCUGGCAAAGAGAUCAGGAGACAACACUACAAUCAACCUGAACAUCACAGAGACCGGUCUGGAGGGCGUUCUGUUUGGCAUGCUGGAUCGGGAGACUGACAGAAAGCUGUGUUCUGACAUCCAUGACACUCUGGGACACAUGCUGUCGUCUCUUGCUGUGGAAAAACUUUCUCAUUGGCUGAAACUCUGCAAGGAUGUCCUGGCAGCAACUACAGGUACAGAUGUAGGAGGGGCCGUUGUAUUCGAGGUGGAAAAGGAUGAGGAAGACUCAGAGAAAAAAGACGAGAUGGACGAUGACACCAUGUUCACAGGCCUGGGCGAAGAUGACAAGUCCAAGCCGUCGGUGGCGCCGCGCUGGGUGACGCGGGUCUUUGCCGCAGACUGCUUGUGCCGCAUCAUCCUGCUGUGUGAGAAUGACAAAGCGCACUUUGACCUGGCAGCUGCCCGCUCUGCACAAGCCAAGAACCCCAAAGGAGAUCAGUUGGUGCUCCAUUUGUCUGACCUCAUCCGCAUGGCCUUCAUGGCUGCCACAGACCACAGUAACCAGCUGAGGAUGGCCGGCUUGCAGGCCCUGGAGGACAUCAUUAAAAAGUUUGCCUCUGUACCAGAACCUGAGUUCCCAGGUCACGUUAUCCUGGAACAAUACCAAGCCAAUGUCGGAGCUGCCCUCAGACCUGCAUUUUCACCCGAUACACCAUCUGACAUCACAGCUAAGGCAUGCCAGGUGUGCAGCGCGUGGAUUGGUAGUGGCGUCGUCAGUGACCUCAAUGACCUGCGGCGAGUCCACAACCUGCUUGUGUCGUCGCUGGACAAGGUGCAGGCUGGGAAGGGUUCAUCCAGUCAGCUGUACAGUGAGAGUGCCACCACGAUGGAGAAACUGGCCGUGCUAAAAGCAUGGGCUGAGGUCUAUGUGGUGUCAAUGAAGAUCAAGAAAGAGGCAGAGUCCAAGCCUGCCAAACCGGUCCGAACUGGAGAUGACGACGAGGAUGAUGAGGAUCUGGGCGCCGACGUGCUUCCACCUGACAGCCUCAUCACUUUGGUGCAGCCCGAGCUGCCCUCGCUGAGCCGCCUGUGGCUGGCCAUGCUGCGAGACUACGCUCUGCUCACUCUGCCCGCUGAGUUUUCCAGUCAGCUGCCCCCUGACGGUGGAGCCUUUUAUACUCCAGAGACUAUAGACACAGCAAGGCUCCACUAUCGCAGUUCCUGGGCCCCCGUCCUGCAUGCUGUGGCCCUGUGGCUCAGCAGCACUGGGUUCCGAGCUGGUGAAGAGAAAGAAGAGGUCCCCACAGCUAACUCCAAAGCUCCUGCCCUCCCUCAAGCAGUCACCGCCACCAGAAAGAGCUUUGAAGAGUCUGUCAAAGACAGGAUGCAUCUAAUGUUGGGUGUCAGUAUAGAGUUUCUUUGCUUCCCCCGUCCCGAGGAGCCCAUUGAACAUGUGAUGUCCUGCCUGCACGCCCUAUUCACUCUGCUAGAAUCACCAUGUGCUAAGAUCCAUAUCGCAGAAGACCAGCUGUUGGCAGUGGAGCUCCUGAACGUGCUCCACAGGCUGCUGCUGACCAGGGAUCCUCCAGCUGUUCAGCUCCAGGUUACCGCUGUUGUACAGGAGACCAUCAGGGCUGCUCAGGACCAUCUGCAGCAACAGAGGACCAGCAAGGGCAAAGAGGAAGAAGGCGAGAAAGACUCUCAGUCCAGCCUCGGGGAAGGAGGAGACACAGGGGAGCUCGUCCCUGGCAAGUCUCUGGUGUUUGCAGCCAUGGAGCUGCUCGUUUUCAUCCUGGUGCGCCACUUACCACAGCUGAAUGCACGUGUGAAGGAGUCGCCCAGCCAUGUGGCACUCAGGCCUCAGCGACUACCUGAAGAAAGUGCCCGCCUGGUGGCAAACACAGUUUCCAUCCUGGCAGAACUGCCUUCGCUCUGCUCUCCUGCUGGAAGCAUGAACAUCCUACCCACAGUGCUCUUCCUCAUCACGGGGGUACUGAGGGAAACUGCAGUUAAGACUGCAGACAAGUCUGUGCCCGUGACCGUGGCAGCUGCCCUGCAGGGCAUCAAGACCAUCAUCACGUCCCCACUGGCCCGGGUGGAGAGCAUGCAGACACAGUGGACAGGCCUUGUGAGGAGCAGCCUGGCAUCUGUUCUUGAGCACUCGCAGCCAGAUGAGUCCAGGCCUGACAUGGAUGAGGUCAGUAUGUUAACAGCGAUCACACUCUUCCUGCUGUCUGCCAGCAAUGAACUUGUAGGAGUGACCGUCCUGCAGAAGGGCUGCAUGGAUCGCUUCCGAAAUGCCCUCAACUCCAGUGAUCCCUGGGUUCAGGCACGAUGUUACCAGCUGCUGUUGUCAGUGUUUCAGCACUCCAGCCGUGCCCUGUCUACUCCUUACAUCCACGCACUGGCUCCACUUAUGGUGGAGAAGCUGAAGGCAGUGGAGCGCAGUCGGCCAGGGACGGCUGCCGAGCUGCAGGCCGUGCAGGAAGGCAUCAGGGUCCUAGAGAAUCUGGUUGGCAUGGGUGAAGAGCAGAACCGGGUGCAGCUGCUGGCUCUUCUCGUACCAACUCUCAUCUCCUACCUUUUGGAUGAAAACGCUAUCUCCUCUGCGCCCCAAGUCUCCAAAGGCCUGCAUGAUUUCGCCCUUCAGAACUUAAUGCGGAUUGGCCCCCUCUAUCCAGCUGCCUUCAAGAUAGUAAUUGGUGCAGCACCUGAGCUUAAAAUCCGUUUGGAAUCUGCUAUAAGGGCCAACCAGGCCAGCAGUCGAGCCAAAGCUGCAGCCAGGCAAGCUCAGCCGACUGUGCAGGCGGCACCAACCAUCAAACUCAAGACGAGCUUCUUCUGAACUCUCCAAUGCACUGUACACUCUCACAGCCUCAAUUAAUGUUGUCUUUUUAGCUUUGUUUUGUUGUCUGUACUACAAAGUACCACAUGAUAUGUCUAUAUCAACUACAGUUUCUGAAAUGUAUUUAUUUAUUCUACAUGUCAUCUUUGUUUUUGAUGGCUGAGAGCUCUUGUUGAAGUCAAAAAUGAAAUUAUGUAAAUAUCAUUAAGAAGCGUUUGAAUGUUCACUUUCCUAAAAGCUCACUUUAAAAUCAGUAGGAAAUUUUGAUUGUGUGAAUGUAUCAUUUACUGGACUUGAUGCACAUUAAUAAAGGGACGCAAUUUACAUUUAUUUUACAUAUUUUUCCUGAUCUUUUCCUUUCAUUCUUGUCAUCAUCACUCACUCUCCAAAAGUUGAUGUUUAAUAUGCCAUCUUCUGUGAUUUUGCAUCACCAUAAGCAUGGCAGUUAAUUUUUUUCUCCUUAUGCCAAUCAUGCAUGUUCUUUAAUGGAGCUGGUUUAGAAUAUGACCUUAGAGUCUGCUGAUUGUUACCGAUGGAUGUUUUUUGUUGUUGUUGUUGUUUCUGUUUGCAGAGGGGAUUUCUCUUAAAUUAUGUUACUGAGAAGUUGCUUUUUAUUUUGAGCCAAGAAUGAGAUUUUGUUUGAGACCUUUGAAUUUUAAAUGCAUCACAAUUUCAAAUUGUUUUGGGGUAGAAACCGUAAUUCUCACAGAGACAGUUAAUUGGUCUGAUGACAAAUGGGGAGAUACUACAUCAUUUAUUUAAUAUAUGUGCUGCAUAUCAUACAAACUGAUUUUUGAUCCAUAUGUCUGUUUGUAAUAACUAAAUAAAUGGGUGAGCCACCAUCAUAAAUUUGAAGAUUUGUUAAAAUGGUCCUAUUUUACAUUCCACCCUAAUUUCUUUGAAAUGUGAAUAAAGUUGCUUUGAUCUCCUUA